AAAGAGUUAGAAAGCUAAAGGUUGGUAAAUGUGGCCAGAGAUGAAGCAGCCCAUAAUAAUAUAAUCUGUGGAUCCACUGCAACAAGUGGAGCAAUAAAACGAGGAGAGCUGCCUUCGAAAGAGGAAGAACACCUUGAAGCUCACUUGGGAAAUUGCGACAUUUCUCUGUUUUGUCAGACUGACAGAAACUCACUGUCGGUCUGUGUUUACUGGUCUACUGGUCCCAGAGCAGAUCUUUAUUAGUGGUAGUGGUGAGGUCUGCUGGAGGAGGCGGACCGACUCUAAACACUGGACAAACACUGGGAAGCAUUUUUUUUGCACAGAACACCAGCACAGCUCGUUAGGACGAGGGACAGUAUGUGGACGCUGGCUCUUCAGUUGGUUUUCAUUGGUUUAUACCUACAGGUACCCACAUGCUAUCCAUCAUGCACUUUGUAUGGCCUGGUGGCUGAUUGCGCCUCACGGCACCACUACUGGGUUCCUGCUCUGCCUCCCAUAAUCACCCACCUCUACCUGGAGAUGAACUACAUCAGUGAGAUCAACAGCAGCGCGCUCAGAGGCUAUGACCAGCUGCAACAAUUAGAUCUCGGGAUGCAGAAUGUGCUGCUCGUCAUAAGGAACAACGCUUUCCUCAGGCAGAGGAAAUUGACAAAGUUGGUCCUGGGCCUCAAUAUUGACCUUCAGAUGGAGCGAAGGGCAUUUGCAGGACUGUACAAUUUACAACACCUCUUUUUGGAUUAUUGCAAUCUGACAGACUCCAUACUAGCAGACAGCUAUCUGCAGCCACUCUUGUCCUUAGAAACGCUCGAUCUCUUUGGUAAUAAAAUAGCGAGACUCCGACCAGGACUUUUCUUUUCACGACUUACAAAGUUCACACAGCUGAACCUCAAAUUGAAUCCGAUUGAAAGAUUAUGUGAAGAUGAGCUUGUUGGUUUCCAGGGGAAACACUUCACACUCCUGAACUUGCAAUCCAUUCACUUUUAUAUCGGGUAUAGUGUAGGUUUUGACUGGGAAAAAUGCGGGAACCCUUUCAGAGGGAUGACCUUUAAUAGCCUUGACUUAUCCAACAAUGGGUUCAACGUGAACAUAGCAAGACAAUUUUUCAAAGCAAUACAGGGUACUCAGAUUGAUCACCUUAUAUUAUCUGUAGGACCCAUGGGCAAAGACUUUUCAUAUGACAACCUUCCCGAUCCGGAUGAAAGCACUUUUGAAGGCCUCAAUUACAGUUCAGUCAACCAUUUAGAUCUGUCUAAAAACUUUAUAUUUGCUCUGCAGAAGGCUUUUUUAAGUCCUCUGAAGGAUGCAAAAAUUAUUGACAUUUCCAUGAACAAAAUCAAUCAGAUUAACAAAAAUGCCUUCGAUGGUCUCCAAGGACAUUUACGAAUGCUCAACCUGUCAUUCAACCUCCUAGGAGAAAUAUAUUCUCACACAUUCACCAAUCUGACAGACCUUCGGGUGCUGGUGUCUUACAACCACAUCGGCAAACUGGGAGACAAAGCAUUCAGUGGUCUUCCAAACUUACGAUGGUUAGAUCUGACUGGAAAUUCACUGCGAGACCUGAGUUCUCCUGCGCCAUUACCAAACUUAGAAUAUCUUCUUUUGGGCGACAAUAAAUUGGAAUCGCUAUGGAACAUCGUUGAAUUGGGCAAGAGCAGCACCUACGUGAAUGUUGCAGACAACAGAUUAACAAACUUGGAGGAUGUUUAUAAUAUUUUAACUAAUUUAAAUCAUCUCCAAAAUUUCUUCUAUGGCGGCAACGUCAUCAAGUGGUGCACACUAAGUCCGGAAGUGACAGUACCUUGGAAUAAUAGUUUGCAAGUGCUGGAUCUUCAUGGCAGUUCCCUGCAGUUAUUUUGGGCGCAGGGGGAGUGCCUCGACCUGUUUGAUCCUCUAGAGAAUCUGCUCGGUCUAGAUUUACGCUUCAACUCACUUGCGACUCUCCCACAAGGGAUUUUCAGCGGUCUAGGCUUGAUCAUAGAGAUCGACCUCUCGUUUAAUGCCUUAACCUAUCUGCAGCCGGAUAUCUUUCCGAUCAGCCUGAAAAGACUCGACCUCUCAAACAACGUUUUAGCCUUCCCGGACCCUACGACUUUUCGGUCUCUCAACUCCCUCAGCCUGGCUGCAAAUCGGUUCCACUGCGAUUGCAAUCUGGAGAGCUUCCUGAAGUGGCUGAACGUGACGAAUGUAACCUUCCUGAGCCCAGUUGAGGAAUACAAGUGUGAGUUCCCAACUGCUCUCCGUAAUCUUCCUCUGCUUGAGUACUCCUCGAUCAUUGAACCGUGUGAGGAAGAUGACGAAAAGGCCGUCCAAGAUCUCAAGUUUGCUCUCUUCAUCUUCUCCGCUCUCCUCGUCAUCACUUUCAUUCUCAGUGGGAUUGUUUACGCCCGUCUCCGAGGGCGCAUAUUCAUCAUCUACAAAAAGAUCGUCGGUAGGGUUCUUGAGGGCCCGAAACCGACACCUCCUGUGGACGAAGUGCAGUACGAUGCCUUCCUCUGCUUUAGCGACAAUGACUACGAGUGGGUAGAGGCUGCUUUGCUGAAGAAGCUGGCUAACCAGUUUUUGGAGGAGAACAUGUUCCGCUGUUGUUUCGAGGCCAGAGACUUCCUGCCAGGUGAGGAUCACCUUUCCAACAUCAGAGAUGCAGUCUGGGGCAGCAGGAAGACUGUGUGCAUUGUCUCCAAAGAGUUCCUUAAAGAUGGUUGGUGCUUGGAGGCGUUCACUUUGGCCCAGGGUCGGAUGAUGGAGGAGAUGACAAACAUCCUAAUUAUGUUGGUGGUAGGGAAGGUGGCUCACUACCAGCUGAUGAAAUGCAACGCCGUCAGAGCUUUCGUCCAGAGGAGAGAGUACCUAAUCUGGCCGGAGGACCCUCAGGACCUGGAGUGGUUUUAUGAGCAGCUCGUCUCACAGAUGCUCAAAGACACCAAGGUGAAAAAGUUUGCGGAGGAAAAACCGGAGCCUGCAGAGCCUGACGUCCAACCUCAGAAUGAGGACAGCAUCCAGCUCGAGAACAUCAGAGCAAUUGCCCUGUGAACUCUGACUGUGUGUUAAAGAAAAUCUACUUUAACCAAGAUGUUGAUACCAACAUCCAGCCCGCUGAAGGGUCACCAGUAGACCAGAACCCAGGCUCCCUGGCAGGAUGAGGAAUGAGGGAUUGUUUUUUGAUUUUCAAGGGAAAAAAAGGGAAAUGGCCAACCGAGCUUCAGAGAAAGUAAAGGCAAAGACUCCUUCAUAUUUCAGUUCUACAGAACCUGAUGCCGGUUGACCUGAACAGUUUUAAUUUCCAUGUAUUUAUGUGAUCUGUGGCACGACAUUUUUUUUUAUUUUAUCUUUUGUUUACAUUACACUUCACGACCCAAUGACUUGUAUAGCAUAAAAAAUGAUUAUUUUAUUUGUUAAUAUGUUAUUAUAUUAUUGGAAUUAAUAAUAUGUGAUGUCGGGGCUGGCUCUAGCCCUUUUGGUGCUCUCUCUUUGAUCCUCGAUAUACUUCUUUUUGUCCUUUCUAACACUUUUCUUCACUUCCUUGUUUGUUGCUUCAUAGUCCUUCUGUCCUUUUGACCCCCCUCCCCCGUCACUCUGGUUUUACUUCUGUUUAGUGCUUCCUUUUUUCCCCCUUCUCUCACUCACUUUUUUGUGUGUUUCCGUUGAUAGCCAGGUUUUGUUGUUUGCCGUCCUCCUCCCUACCUCUUCUUCACAUGUGUCCUUCCGUAUGGUUUUCAGACCUUUCCAUGUAUCCUCCAGUGAUUUUGGGGGGGGGUUCUCUUUUAUUGGUUUUGUAGUGCUUGGAACCGGUUGCGUAAUGUUACUUGGUAGAGUUCUGAUGUGCCUUAUAUCCUGAAAUUGCUGUACAUUGAAUUGGACUCUUCCUUCUCUGGGUUUUGUGCGUUUCAGUUUCAGCUGGAUCCUUGCUGUGACAAGGUGACGGUCUGAUCCAGCAUCAGCACCUCUUUUCACUCUGACAUCCAGUAGUGAGCGCCUAAACCAGGGGUCAGCAACCUUUACUAUCGAAAGAGCCAUUUGAGGCGAAGAAAAAAAAAAAUGUGUCUGGAGCCGCAAAAAUAAUCGUAAUAUUACAAGAAUAAAGUCAUAACUUUACGAGAA